ACGUCGUCCAUACGACGUACGACGUGUUUACCACUUUACGACCAAUUUAUGACGUCUUUAAGGUGGAUAUCUGGUAAUUAACAUAAUUUUUUAAUGGUAAAAUAUUUUACAGUGAAAUUAGCAUAUUGGUAAUUGGCAUUAUGAAAAUUGCCAAUUCAAUGUACACUUAAUUAAAUUAUGCGCAUAAUUAAUUAGGCGUUCAUGAAUAAAUUAUGCGUUAAUUAACUUUAUUGGCACGAAGCUCCUAUGAAAACUUUUAGGGCUACCAGGUUGAGUGACAUGUCAUUUUAAAGCUAUUUUCAUGUGCAAUGGGACUACAGUCUUUAAUAUUCAAAUAAGAAUUGUUUUGCAUGUUAAAUAUAAGAAAAACCAUUAUUUAACAGAAAAGUGACCCUAAUUAUGUCUUUGAGAACAGUUAGUGUGGAGCUCUGUGUAAUGUAAGCUUAGUGUUUAUGUAAAGAUGUGUAGUAACACACAUGGAUAAUUCAAACUCUCUCCUCCCAGUGACCAUUCAUUAAUUUGAUCAUGUCUGUGUGGAGUCAUAUAGGCUGUAGUCCAAACCAUCGUUCAAUGAGUCUGAUAAAAGUCAGACAUCUAAGAGGCUCAGACCAUGUUUGAAUGGUUUGUGUGUACAUGUAAUGUCUGCAUCUAAAAGCAUUCAUGACACUAUGCUCAUAAAGCUACCCUCUCAUCAGAGAACUUGUUCAGCUUAAGGAGUCAACAUUUUGUAACUAAUUUGGUUUUUCUUGUUUGUUCCAGGGAGAUCAGCUGGCAGACAAGACGAGGAACACGAAGAUCCCAUGGAGGAGUUGGAGCCAGAUGAGUUGAUGGACGGAGAGUUCCUCCAGGUAGACUCCACGGGUGAUCAGUCUAUGGAUGGUCUCUCACAAGAGAGCAUCGAUGCUGGUGGUUUAGACUUCCAGAUGACAGAUGAGGAUGUAAUGGGGAAGAUUGACCCUGAGUCUGUUAUUGAUUCAGUGGAGUGUGACCUUGAUGAUAUCAAUGAUGAUGCUAUCAACAUCACCGCUGACGAUGAUCAACUCCUCACUGAAGAUGAAGCAUGUGACCAGGUAGAAGAAACGAAAGAGCGUCGUCCGGGUACUGGAAGGGUCGGAGGCCGUAACCUCUGGGUGUGUAAUCUCUCCAAGACUACUCGUGCUGCCGAUCUGAAAGCUGCCUUCAGCAAGUAUGGAAAGGUUGCUGGUGCCAAGGUCGUGACCAAUGCUCGUAGCCCAGGAACCUUGUGCUAUGGCUUUGUGAUGAUGUCUGCUAGCUCUGAGGCUCAGAGGGCUAUGAACCAUCUCCAUCGUACUGAGCUUCACGGAAGAACUAUCCACGUUGAAUGGGCUGGUAACGACCCUGUACCAGGAGGUAGGAACCAACCUCUGAUCCCACCAUCCCUGCUUCUAGCUGAGAAGGAGAAAGAGAAGGAGAGGGAGAAGGAGAAAGCUAAAGAAGUGGCCAAUGCUGCUACCGUAGCAGUGAAGACAGAGAAAGAAGAGGAGGCAAAGCCUGCUAACGGUGAAGAGAAGACUGGAGAUAACGUGGACAUGAAACCACCUGCAACAUCCCCAGCUGGAAAAUCCCCUGCCAAACCAGGUGAAGAGAAACCAACCAUUACGACAGAACCAGGAUCUGAGGUGGAUACCACAGCACAGCCAGACAGCAAAGAGAAGACUGAUAAAGACAAAGAGAAGGACAAGAAAGACAUUCUAUCAUUUGGAGAGGCUGAGAGAGAGAUGAGAGAGGCUGAGAGACGUAGAGAGAGGGGGAGAAGUGAUCAGUUCAGGAGGCAGCGAGACUUGAGACGUCGCACGAGGGAGGAGGAAGAAGACAAGGUUAGUAGGGAACUUGAACAGCAGCUCAAAAUCCUACAAAUUAAAUUGAUUCGCCAUCGCAUUGAGCGAGAGCACCGUGCAGCUGUGAAGCGCACAAUGGAUGCCAGAGGUAUGCCCAUGCAUGAGAUGGAUGCAUACAUGGGAGAGCAAAAGCGGAGAAUGGAGACGGGGUUGACAGAGCAAACAAGGAGAGAGGAACCUGCUAGGAGAGAGGAACCCACAAGAAGAGAAAAACCCACUCGCAGACCAGAACCUUGGGAAGAGAAUUUCCCAAGAAGAGAUGUCAGAGAAACCAGAGAGCCUAGAAACGCUGCUCCCCCACAUCCGAGGCAGGAAGCACCUCGCCGUGUGGAUCCACCCAAAAGAGAGGAACCUCCCAGGAGGGAACCUCAUGUUCCUGGGCGCUUUGGUGGAGAGAAGGAUGAGAGGCGUGAAAGAGAGCCAAAGAGGGACAGAGGUAACUUCAACCAGGACAGGAAUCGAUUUGAUGCAGGGGGUGAUACACACGCUCAGCGUAGAUCAUCUCCAGUAAGAAACAAGCCCCAGGCAAGCAGAGGGGAUAACUGGAAGCAAGAUCAUCAUAGCAGUUCAUCCAGUAGUGAUACUAGAAGAGUCACCAGUGGAGACCAUGACUCAUGGAAGCAGAACCAGGCUACCCGUCAGACCAGUGACCGUAUAAUAGAGCUCAAUAAUGCUCUUGGUAACCUCCUAAGCAGUAUGAAUGCAAGCACAGGUGCGUCUAGCUAUGGAUUAGAACGGCACAAUUUACCAGCUGAUACUCGAUUUGAUUCAUUCCAAGGUACACAGGGGAUGCGAAGAUUCUAAGAUUCAUUCAUCUUUUGUAUCCUCGAUUCAUGAGUUCUAAGGUCAGAUGUGUUCAAUUUUGUGAGAAGGUUCUCUAACUAUAUGCAUCUUGGUAUAGUGCUCUUUAUAAACAAAAAUAUUCACUGUGUUCCUUUUUUAAUUGAAUAACUUCUUACGAAGAAUCUAGGUGACAUAUACAUUUCACCAAAUUUUAGGGUUUGGAUGUUUCAAUUGAAUUUCGGAAUAUUCCCUUAUCAAGUACUGUCCACUGAAGAAAAAAAAAUGAGUUGAAUUCUCUUUGUGCUGAAAGUUAUGCAAGCAUUUUUCUUCCUCAAAAAAUAUUUUGGUUUAGUGCCAAUACUCUCACCCAUUGCUAUUCCCUUUGUAAAUACUCCACGUCUUCUAUUCCUCUUAAACAGUAUUAAUGAAUAAUCUUGUUAUAAAAACUCUUUUCUACCUUUCAAGAUGUGUACAUUAUGUCCUGAACACACAUGACAUUGAAGUGUGCAUUUGUUUUUAAUUUAUUAUAUUUUUGUUGAUUCAAUUUAGAGGUAAGCAAAUGGUGUGUUGAAUUUGAACAUGUCAUUUUUCAUUUUUGCAGCUUUGUUAGAUUAAG